GAGGGAAAACAGAGUUAUAUUAAUGAGCCAAUGAGGUUGCGCCCCCGGGAGAGGGAGAGUGGAGCAGCGAGUGGAGUGAGGACAGAGGGAGCUUUCAGCCUGUGGGUCGGGGGAGUCUGCCCUCCUGCAAUAGGAACUGUACCCCCUCCAUGGAGUCCCACCGGCACCUCCUCAUCCUCCUCUCUCUGCUCCUGGAACCAGGGUCGAUUUCAUGCUUUAAUAUUGACACCAGGAGGCCGCGUAUUUUCCGGGGGCCAGAAGAAGCUCAGUUUGGCUACAAGGUUCUCCAACAUGAGGCUGAAGGCCAGAAAUGGAUGUUGGUGGGGGCCCCGUGGGACGGCUCGGAGGACAACCGGCAGGGAGAUGUGUACAGAUGCAUUGUGGGUGAUCAGAGCAACUCCUCCUGCACUAAAGUCAACCUGGGGGAGCUCGCCCUGCGGAACGCCUUGGCCCAGAUGAAGAACAUGCACUUGGGAAUGGCGCUGACACCUGACUCACAAGGUGGUUUUGUGGCUUGCGCCCCCUUGUGGUCCCAGGAGUGCGGCACUUCCAUGUACAGCACUGGGAUUUGCGCCAGUGUCGAUAAGGCUUUCCGCCCCUCGGGGACCGUUGCACCCACCGCCCAGAAAUGCUCCACCUAUCUGGACAUUGUGAUUGUGCUGGACGGGUCCAACAGUAUCUACCCCUGGUACGAGGUGCAGAAUUUCCUCAGCAACAUCCUCAGCAAGUUCUUCAUUGGCCCAAAUCAGAUACAGGUGGGGGUGCUCCAGUACGGAGAAGUGGCAGUACACGAGUGGUCCCUCAAAGAUUACAGCACCUCUCAGGAAGUGAUGAAGGCCGCCAAGAACAUCAGUCGGCAGGAAGGGCGGGAGACAAGGACGGCAUUUGCCAUCCAUGAGGCCUGCAGUGAGGCGUUUAGCCAGGAGAGGGGCGGGAGAGAGGGGGCAAGUCGACUCCUCAUUGUUGUAACUGACGGUGAGUCCCACGAUGGGGAUGAACUCCCGGAGGCACUGGCUGAAUGUGAGAAGAGGGCCAUCACGCGUUACGCCAUAGCGGUGUUGGGUCACUACACGAGGCGCCAGCAGGACCCCGAUUCUUUUAUCAAUGAGAUUAAGUACAUCGCCAGCGACCCGGACGAGAAGUAUUUCUUUAAUGUCACCGACGAGGCGGCUCUGAAUGAUAUCGUGGAUGCCCUUGGGGAUCGGAUCUUCAUCUUGGAAGGGACCCACGGCUUCAACGAGAGUUCCUUCGAGCUGGAAAUGUCGCAGGCCGGGUUUUCCAUUCAUCCACUAGAGGACGGCCUCCUGUUUGGGAUGGUGGGAGCCUAUGACUGGGAUGGGGCGGUGCUUAAGGAGUCCAGCCAUGGAAGAGUCCUGCCCCCGAGGUCUGCAUUUCAGAAGGAGUUCCCCGUGAAGAUGAAGAACCACGCCGCCUACCUGGGUUACACGGUGUCUUCCAUCACUCUGCGCAGUGGGAGGAGCCUAUAUGUCGCCGGGGCCCCAAGGUUUAAACACAAGGGCAAAGUUAUCCUGUUUGAGAUGCCCUGGAACGGAGGUUUAUCCAUUUCCCAAGCACUGGUGGGGGAGCAGAUUGGCUCCUACUUUGGCAGUGAGGUUUGUCCUGUGGAUGUGAAUGGAGACGGGGCCACGGACGUCCUGCUCGUGGCUGCACCCAUGUUCCUGGGACCCCAGAACAAAGAAUCAGGGCGUGUAUAUAUGUACAGGGUGGGGCAGAUGUACCUGAGCCACAAUGGGACCCUCCAGCCGGACCGCCGGGCGCAAGAUUCCCGCUUCGGGUAUGCGAUGGCCUCUGCCCUCGAUCUAAACCAUGAUGGGUUCAAUGACGUGGUGGUGGGAGCGCCUUUGGAAGACAACCACAUGGGGGCAGUAUAUAUUUAUCAUGGGUAUCGGAGCACUAUCCUGCCCACCUACAAACAGAGAAUAGACUCCGCCUCCCUCCAGCCGGGGCUGCGCUACUUUGGCCGCAGUGUGAGCGCAAAGAUGGACCUUGAUGGGGACGGACUGGUGGAUGUGACCGUUGGGAGCCAGGGGGCCGCCGUCAUGUUGAGGUCCAGGAGUAUUGUCCGAGUUAAUGCCUCCCUGAACGUUGUGCCCCCCUCCAUUAAUAUGAUCCACAAGAACUGCCGGCGCCACGACAAGGAGUCCGUCUGUCUCAACGUCACCCUCUGCUUCUCCGUCACCUCCAGGUCCCCCGGCAACUGGGACAGCCGCUUUGGGCUACACUAUAACAUCUCCUUGGAUGACAGGAAGAUCACCCCACGGGCUGUGUUUGAUGAAAAUUCCCAGAAGGCUUUGGCAAAGCGCAUCCGAGUGAGCGUGGGGAAGGUUACCUGCAUGAACCUCGGCUUCCAUGUUACUGAAACAGUUGACUAUCUGAGGCCGGUUGGGGUCCUCUUGCGGUUUAACCUGAGUGAUUCCGAGUCCAGCCCUGUGCUAGACGAUAGGUGCCCCUCAUCUCUCAAAAGGCUGGUUCCAUUCUUUAAAGACUGUGGCGAGGAUGACGAGUGCAUAACAGAUCUAGUUCUCCAGGCGCGUAUGGACAUCAAUGGCUCUAGGGAGGAGCCCUACAUUAUCCGGAGGGAGAGGAAGAAAGUGGCGGUGGAGGUGACCAUAGAGAACAAGAGGGAGAAUGCUUACAACGCCAGCCUCCGAGUCUGGUUCUCCAGGAAUCUACUGUUCUCCAGCGUUUCCAGAAAGGGAGAAGCCCAGAAAGUGGAGUGCGCGGCCCUGUCGGGGAACACCAGGUCCUGCAGUGUGAGCUACCCUGUCCUGAGGUCUGGGAGCAAGGUGGUGUUUGUUCUGGAGUUCGAAUUCAAUUGUUCCCACUUACUGAACAGAGUGCAGAUCAAACUCACCACCAACAGUGAUAACACCGAGCUGAACGAGACCCUUCAUGACAACACGGCAUCUCUCCUGGUCCCGGUCCGAUACUCACCCGAAAUAUAUCUACUGAGCGAGUCCAGUCUGAACCGCUACGAGCUGCCCUCCCUCCGGGCCUCAUACCCGCUGGGCCCAGAAUUCAGAACAACCUUUAAGAUCCAUCACACUGACUGUUACCCCAUAUACAACGUUUCCAUGCACAUUCACUCCCCGGCAAUGGCCUAUGGCAGCUCCUCCUUCCUGGCAGUGAGCAGGAUCAUGGCUGACAGUGCCACUUGUGUUCUGUCCAACCCGACCCGACCCACAGGCGCCGCUCCCUUCCACCCUGACAACCUGCUGCACACAGACAUCCUGAACUGCAGCAACACUUGGUGUGAGACCAUCACCUGCCUGUUCCACAGCCUCCAUAGCAACGCCGAGCUCUCCGUCACCCUCCUGCGGGUCAUUCACAACCAGUUCUUCUCUAAGACAAAGUUCAAGUCGGUGAGAGUGGUCAGUACCUUCGCUCUGGAUAUAAGAGAGGACGGCACAUUGCUUACCGGGGACACGGGACAUCGGCGAGAGAGCAUCCUGGAGAUCUUGCAGCCCAGACUCCUCCCUCUCUCGCUGUGGAUUCUGAUUGGCAGCAUCAUUGGGGGGCUCCUCUUGUUGGCGCUGAUCAUUUUCAUCCUCUGGAAGCUGGGAUUCUUUACCCGGAAGACACAAGGAGAGGAGGAGGAGCCAGAGGGGCAGGAGCAGUGACCCCCCCCAGGAUCCCUAGCGAAGGCGCAGGGAGUUGCUACAGACCGGCACACUGUAACCUAUAACCUGAGAUGGCCGACGAACAUUUCACCCGAAGGAUUCUGGGAAACUUUGGUGGCUCAGUAGGACCUUGUUGCUAUAAGGAACAUGGGGGCCCCGUGUCCGGGGCCACACAGUCAGGCCGUUAUAGGUUCAGGCUCCUGCGGGAUCCCACGUUGACCAAUGGGAAGGAAUAAAACUGUGAAAGACUAGAGUGGGUGGAGCCUACAGGCCAGAACCAACACCGGCACGGCACAAACUGAUUGCAAGCUCCUGGGACACAUCUGAAUGGAGACUUCAUAGCAACGUACGGGGCCCCAGCUGUAGGCUCAUACCAUUCACACCCCCAUGUGGGGGGGACCCUGUGCAUUGUACCACCCAGCCCAUUAUACAGACAACUCUCCGGGGCUUUACUUCCCCUUUAAAGAGACCGUAGAGGGAAUAAUGUACCCCCCCAUUUACUAUCUAUGGGGUAAUUAGGCAUCACAAAGGGGCCCCAGAGCUCCCUAGGGGCCAGGGGAAUGUGCCUCCGGGGGUACAUUAUUUCUUACAAUAAACCCAACCAGUCAUGUGACACCAGUGACAUCACUGACCACGGUUUAUAAUGGCAAAUUCUAAGCAACUUUGCAAUUGGUCUUCAUUAUUUAUUCUC